AUAUUGUAUAUAUAUACUUGUAUAUUGAAUUAUGAAUUUUCAAUAUUGCAUUUCAGAAUUAAGAAUUGGAAUAACUGUGCACCUCGUUGAAUAGUUAAACAUAUUAUGACUUUAGGGAAAUGAAAUGGAUGAUCAAACAAAAACUUUAAAGUAUCUGGUAUCAGUAGAAAAAUUAGCUGAUGAAAUUUUAAGUGACAAACAUGAAAUAGUAUUAUUGGAUAAAAGGAGAAAUCAAAACCGGGAAGCAUUGAGGGACCUGGCAAAAACCAAUCAAAAGAAAUGUUGGGUGACCGUUGGUUCUGUGCUUGUUAAACACAGCAUGGAGUCAACAAAAGCUUUGCUAGAAGCAGAUCAGAAACAACUUGAUAUAGAUAUUAACACAUUACGCAGUAAUCUAAAAGUAAAAGUUAACAAUUUAAGAGAUUUGGAAAUGCAAGCCCCGGUUCCUGGUCUAAUGUUAGUUCCAAUGUCAAACAAGGAGACUGAAGCUUUGUCUAGAAGUGGAUUAAUUCAUUAAGAAUGUUCUAGUCUGGAUUAUUUGUUUAGGUUAUAUGGAUUAUAGCAUCUCUCCAAGCCACUGGCAGUUUCAAAAAAUGCUGUGUUUUCUAAGAAAACUCAUCUAAAUGUGGAUAUUAAUUAUAAGAUAAACAUAUACACUGUGCUUCUGGGAUUGUCACAUUGCAACCUUUUGUGAGUUAGUCUAGAUAUUAAGAUCGCCUUUAGAAGUUAUAACUAAUGGCUAGAUUAAGAGUUGCUACUUAACUCUAAAUAUUUUCAUUUGUCUAGUUCAAUGAUUUUGACACACAAGCGACACAGUUGGCAUCAGGUGGAUAGGGGUCAUGCAUUUUAAGUUGAACACAAUGGAGGCUAUCUUUUGCAAUUAACAAGAUUUAUAUCUUAGGACUCAGACUGAUAGUGUGGGUUCAGUACUAGCUCAUUAAGGUAAAUAAUCAAUGAACAGAUGUAGAAUUCUCAUGGCAUUAUGCAUGGUACCCCGUUCCACGAUACCACAGUGCCUAAUUGUUGAUAAAAAUGUUUUGUAUAUUUAAAAUAAAACAAAAGAUAUAAAUA